GCGGCGAUGCAGCUGGAUACUUCGGGAGGCUGAUCGGCCAGCUGGAGCCUUUGCACCACCAGGUCCAGGGCGAGGUGUACGCGGUCGACUCCAGAACCAUCCACAUCCGGGGAUUCUCGUACGACGGCACCGCGCCAGACGCCUUCUUCUACGGCGGGUCGACCCCGAACCCGAGCGACGCAGGAUUCAUUAUUCCGGACGAGAACGGAGGAGUGCAGCCCCUGGGCCGGUACCGCAACCGGGACAUCACGCUGACCCUCCCCGACGGCAAGACGCUCAAGGACGUCGCUUGGAUCUCCGUCUGGUGCAGGGCCUUCGCGAUCGACUUCGGCAACGUGCGCGUGCCCGCCCGCCUCGACUACCCUCGGCCGCAGAAGAUCGACGCCCUCCCGACCUACGAGCACGGCGUCUCCUCCGACAGGAUCGUGGUGGUCGACGCCCAGACCUUCCUCAUCCCCAGCUUCAGCUACGAUGGCCAGGCUCCCGACGGCCACUUCUGGGUGGGCAAGGGCGCGAGUCCUGGCCCGGGCGGCAACAUGGUGCCCGACGAGAACGGUUCCGAGGAGCCGCUCAAGCGCUACUCCGGCAAGACCAUCGUGAUCACACUGCCCGGCGACCAGACGGUCUUCGACAUCGACUACCUGAGCGUGUGGUGCCGCGCCUUCUUCGCCGACUUCGGCCACGUGCGCGUGCCCAAGAGCCUGAACGUGCCGCCCUCGCUCAAGAUGCUGGGCGUGGCGCCGCAGACGAAGCUGAACUGUGAGGUGUUGUGGGACGACCUGGCCUUCGAGGUGCGCUGGGCCGUCGCAGGGGAGUCCAUCGUGAUGCAGCUCGUCGGCAGGAUCGACAACGGGCAGUACAUGGCGUUCGGCGCCUCGGGCUCCCUGACGAGGUCGGUGAUGGUGGGCGGCGACGUGGUGGUGGCGUGGCUGAACCAGGGCAGCGGCGAGGGCGUGGCAUCCGACUACUACCUCGGGGCGAAGGCACAGUGCCAGGGCGGAAGGGGGUCCUGCCCGGAUGACAAGAUUAGGGGCAGCAGCAACAACGUGCGCCUCCUGAACGCGGCUCUCAUCAACGACUUCACGAUGCUGACGUUCCAGCGGCCUCUGCGCGCCGUCGACGCCUCCGACGCCGGAAUCCUCACCAACGGGUCGCAGGCCGUCAUCUGGGCCGUCGGGCCUGUCAACUCGCAGGGCGACACGUCCUACCACUCGCUCAGGCUCCGAGGCGACAUGUUCAUCGACUUCGGCCGGACACCCAAGUGGAACUGCCCGCUGCCGGAGGAGCAGGGCGCCGGCGGAGGCCUCGUGUCCGGCCCCGCCACGCCCCCGCCCGCGCCGCCCACCAACAACGCCUGGUACAUCCCGCCCGUGCCCUGCUACGAGCCCGCCGACGGGGUCUUCUACGCGCAGAUCGGCCCGUCAGGAGGACAGAGCGGCUACAACGCCAUCACGGGCCACGUGGGCUGGGGCGUCGCGUGGUACAUCAACGGCCUCCUGAUUCCCGAGAUCAACGUGGUGCGAGGCAAGACGUACACCUUCGUGGUCGAGGGCGGCUACGACCCCGAACGACCCGCCCGCUACCACCCCUUCUACAUCACGGACGACCCCGAGGGCGGAUACGAGUUCAAGACGCCGGCAGAGCGAUCGCGCACGCGCGUGUUCGCGGGCGUGGGGCAGGACCGCGACGGCGUGCCGGUGCCCACGGCGUACGGGCGGCUUUGCGAGUGGACCGAGAACCCGAAUCAGCCCGCCGAUGCCUUCGAGUCCUUCGGCGCCUACCAGAGGACGCUGCAGCUGGACUGCCAGGAGGGGCAGCCCGGGAUCCUGCAGUGGACGCCCGACGCAGCCACGCCAGACACCGUCUUCUACCAGUGCUACACCCACCGCUACCUGGGCUGGAAGAUCAACGUGGUGGACGCGUGCGACUUCGAGCCCCUGGCGGCGUCGGGCACGGUCGGGCAGCCGCUGGUGGUGCCCGGGCCCGCGGAAGAUGGCGAGGACAUGGUCGUGGCCGAGUCUGCUCAGGUUUUCACUUCCGACGGCACCCGCCUGGCGCCCGAGUCACUGCCGACGCCGCCCGAGCUCACCACCAGACGCCGCGUCACGGGGGCCUCCAUCACCAACCGCCCUCAGGUGGUGCCCUUCCGAGGGGAGCUUCCGCCCCCCAUCCCCGACAGAGUACCGCACUUGCCGCAGUUCUCCCCGCAAACCCGACCGCAGAGCCGGAAAACCACGGUGCCGCCGCCGCCCCUGCCGGCCGACCUCUCGCCCGAGAUGAUCCUCCCGCAGCAGCAGGACGACCCGAGGCGGAGAGUCGCUCCCGGUUUGCUCCGCCACCAGGAGCUGUCAGCUGACAUCGGCCAGAACAGAAUCCUGGCCGUGUCGGACUUCCCGACGACCGCCGAAGCCUACGCUCCGACGCGGCCGCCCACGACGCCCCGUGCGGCUGCCUCCGCGUCAGAAGCCAGCAACAGGACCAAGCUUACUAUCCUGAAGGACGUCUGGGCCAUCCUCACGCGCGACGACCCGAGCCUCCGGCAGGAGCACCCGAGGGACGACGCCCACCCCGACCACGCCCGCGACCACCUCGAACGACAAGACCAGACGCCCUCCUCCCGCUCCUCUCCCUCGAGCGCCGCCAACCCUCCGCCCAAGGCCUCGGUCGGCGCCGCCGCGCACGCCCCGUCGCUCACCAUAUGCUCCGUCCUCAUCGCCCUCCUCGCUCUGGCAAGGUAGUCAUGAAACUGCCGCCGCUGUAUUUCCUGUCCCGGUAAUUAAUCUGUUCAGAUGUAAAGAGUUUGAUCAUAUGGCAUUUCUGUUGAAGACUGAAGCUCGAUAGAAAUUACGUUAAUUUCCUUUGGGCUUUGGGAAUCUAACACUUCACCACGAUUCUCUCCCUUUCGCCACUCUCUUGAUCAGAAUGAUAAAC